GAGCAUGCUCAGUGUGCAAAGCUUAUCAAAAUGGAGGACAAGAUUUCUGGCCAAUUUUUUUUAUAAUUUCAAGCUAUUUCCUGUAAUUGAAGAUAUUGACGCUUGCAAGAUAUCUGAAGUGGUAGAUGCAGAAUGGCUGCUAUAGGCGCUGCUUUUCCGACGGUGGCAGCGUCGUCGUCAAAACCAAAUCUUAACCAAAGGGAUCACAAGGGAAGGGGUACUCACUGGCACUCACAAUCUUAAUGAGUUACAUUCUGCAUUACCCUUGCAACAACCAGCUGUAGUUCUUUGACAGAGGAGGAAAUAUACGGCAAGGAUACCAAGAUGUCUUCAGACCUGACCUCAAUCAGCAGAUUCCGGUGGAUGAUAGUUUUGCUUGCUGAUGAAUUUGAGAAAACUGACUUGGACAGGGCUAAAAGUCUUGUCAAGGAUAGGCUGGGGCCUGCAUACCAGAAGAUAGAUGAGCCUCUUGCAUUCUUUGAUGAGCUGGAGAACCAGAACCUCAUACACGAUGGAGACACCAACUACCUGAAGACGUUGCUGGAGCACGUCUCUCGCAAUGAUCUGAUCGAGCAGGUGGAAAACUAUGAGAGGGAGCGCAAGGUGGUGGUUCGCCAAGUCUUCCGAAACCCUUCGCUCUUGGAAGGGCCCUUCUUUGGGCGGAAGGAGAUCAUGGAUAGGAUUGUAGGCAUACUAGACGAGACUUACGAUCGAAUUCACUGCAUAGGUAUCAGUGGAAUGCCUGGUUCAGGGAAGACCCGACUGGCAAAAGAGGCCACCUAUAGGCUCAUCCGUUACGGACAGGUCAUUUUCGUGGAUUUGAGAGAGCUCCCGAUGGUAGAGGAUAUCUUCUUUGCUAUUAUGCAUGCUCUAGGUGUGGAGUGCCGCAGCUACGAACCUGAUAUGCUCUAUGCUUACCUUGAGCACUACGACCCAAAGAAGCACUCUGGGGCUGUUAUUAUCCUGGAUAAUGCUGACAAGCCCUUGGACCCUGGGACUGCAGAGAAACCCAAUCAGGCAUAUAGCCAGUUUGUGGACUUGAUAGACAACAUGCUCAACCUGGCUAAUCCGAAGGUCAAAGUGGUCAUCACCUCAAGGAUUGGUCUGGAGCAUACAAGGAUUACCAGCCGUCACCUCCAUUGUUUCCGCCUGGAUGGGGAGAAUGACCUGGACAUUGAAGCCGCUAUGGAGAUCAUCAAAUACCAUGCUGGCAAGACAGAAGUUGAAAACGAAGAUGCUCGUACAUUGGCUGAUCUAUGUGGAAAGAUCCCUUUGGCUUUGAAGGUUGUGGCCAGUCGCUUCCAGGAUGGCACCGUCACUCCCAGAGACAUGAUCAAGCAUUUGUCACGCCAUGAUGAUGUUCAAGCCCAGAGGCUUGUUGGAAGCCUUACACACCUUGGUCUGGCUAAAGAUGAUCAGCUGGCCUACAGCCUAAUGAACACUAUCCAGAAGCUGCCAGAGGCAUACCAACGCAAUCUUGUGAGGUUGUCCGUGAUACCUGGGACAUUUAACAUGAAGGCAGCGCAGGAUAUCCUGGAAUAUUCGCACAAGGAUCGGGUGGGUCUCAAGCUGGAUCUACAGGCCUUGAAGUACAGGAGCCUCCUAGAAAGUGAUGUGGUAGAGGUAGAAGGAAAGAGCAACACAGGAUCUGCAAGAUACAGUAUUCAUCUGCUUCUUAGAUCCUUUCUCCAGCAGCUAUGCACAGAAACCGAUAAUCCAUUGGCGGUAGAGUAUGAAAAGGGUGAGGAUCGAUUCAUGAGUCACUUUGGUAAGAAAAUAAAGCGUACAGCAACAAUUUUCCAGAAGGAUUUUGUGAAGGCACUGUCUGCAAAGCAAGAUGAGAAGGCCAACUUCAUGCAUGUGCUUGAGUGCUUCAAGUUGAAGAAGUUCCCAUCAGAUGAGGAAAAUGACUGGCUCCACAUGGCUGUGGAGCUGAUGAUGGUUCCCAAAGAGAGGCUUUCCUUCUAUAGAAGCUGCAAGGACAGGGCAGAGAGAGAAGGAAAGAAACAGAUGUGUGCAGAGUUCUGCUGCCAUGAGUCCCAGCACCUUGUGGAUCUUGGAUUUGAUGUUGAAGCCAUCAUGCCUCUCUUCGACAAAGCUGAAAGUAUCCUGAAAGAACUGCCAGACCAGAAAUCUUACUCUGUCCAGCUCAGUUACGCCACACUGUACCACUUCAGAGGCAACGUAAUAACUCGCCGUCUCAAUGGAGAAGAUGCACUUGAGCAGCUGAAGAAAUGCCUGCGGAUACGCAAGGAGAUUCUAGGGGAUCACUUCCUAACGACCCGGACCCUGAACCUCCUUGGUCAGGCCAUGCAGUCUGCUGCCAAGACAGAACGGUACGGGUACAUCCACGAGGACAUGCUGAAAGCCAUUGACUACUUCCGCAGAGCUCUGGACAUGUGCACUCGUAUCACAGGAUCUGAUAGACACGUUGAUACUCCAACCAUCCAGCUGAAUAUUGGAGCAUGCUUGCAUGAGCUGUCUAGGUAUGGACAGGCAUUAGAAUUCUUCAAGAAAUCUCUGGAGUUGGAACGUCUUCUUGGAAUGGAUGGAACACCAGGGACUUGCAUUACGCUCAAGAAUAUGGCAAUGAGUUACUUUGCUCAAGAAAAGUAUGACAAUGCUCUUCCACUGGCGUUACGCGCCCUUCAAGGCCGUCAGGCGCUUCAAGGAGUGCACCCCAACACGGCCCGCAGUCUCUACUUUGUCGGUGCCAUCCACCUGGCAUCCAAGAGAUACCGGGAUGCCCGGUGCUACUUUGACAGGGCUCUGGAGAUGGAGGAGACACUCUGGAGCAGGGGGAUGCCUCAUAGUCCAGACUGGGAACACCUCAAGGAUCGCUUCAAUCGUCUCCUUGUCAUCCAGGGUAACAACCAGGCCAUCCAACGAUACCGCAAGAGAUUCAAGGAAGCAGAAAAGGAGCGAAAUCGAGGCGAGGUUAGUGGCUGGAUCGACAGAGGAGAGGAUGAUUCAAUUUCGACAUCAUCAUCAGGAUCUAUAGUUCUUCCUGCUAAGAGAGCAAGAUCCUCCUCUGAUAGCGGUACAACAACUUCUUCAGAUCACAAUGAAGAGAUGAACAGAGGAGGGAGGAAAGCAGAAAAGGAAAAUGUACUCCUGCCUGGUCGAGAUGAAGCUGACAAUACAAGGGAGCCUCAAGAAGGAUGUAUUAUAGAUACAAAUGAUGGUAUCCUGGAUUUGGGUGAGGGGGCUAUUCAAAUUGAGACGUUCUCUUUGUCCUCUGGUGAUACUGGGUACUCCGGGGCUCCGCCUAUUCCCAUCAGAUUUGGCCAAUCAGAGGACAGGACCGAUGAUGGAUCCAGUUAUGACCAUGAUUCUGAAGAGGAGGAGAGGAAGAGGCAGGCAAAACGGAAGAGGAAGGAGAAGAAGCAGAGGGAGAAAGAAGGAAGGGAUUAUUCUGAUGGUGGAUCGCAAGAAGAAGGUGAACAAGACACAUACAACUGGGAUAAAAGCCUGUGCAGAGUCAUGUGAUGCAUCAUGUGACUACUGAGAGUGUCAGGUGACUGAUCAGCCACUAAGAUAACCAAGUCUUCAAGCUUGUCUAGUGAGGGAUUAAUCAUGUUUAUCUUCCUGAAAAUACAGAUGCACUUUUACUUAAUAAUAAUAAUAAUGAUAAUAAUAUAGAGUAUUUCUAAAGCACCAAAUCCACAUUGAUUAUGUGCUCAAGGCAUUUAGAUACAUACUUGGUAUAUUAUUAUUACCCCGGCUGUAGCUGAGAGGCCAUAUAAGCGCUAAAGCAUGUUCAAGGAAUAAAUCCUACCGGGUACCCAUUCACCUCACCUGGGUCGAGUGCAGCACAAUGUGGAUUAAUUUCUUGCUGAAGGAAAUUACGCCAUGGCUGGGAUUUGAACCCACGACCCUCUGUUUCAAAGUCCAAAGACUAAUCCACUGGGCCACAGCGCUCCACGUUCCACGCUCCCUUUAGCUUAAAGGGGGAGUUCACCUUGGUAUCAAAAUGAGUUUAAUGAAAACAGAAAAAAUUAAAGAAUCAUGCUAUUGUGGGUUUGUUAGAAAUCCAUAAAAGAAUAACUUACUUAUGGGCAGGGUAGUUUUUAUUAUUGACCUCAUAUACAGGUACAGCAAUCAACUGCUGCAUAUGUCGUGUAAUAUAAGGUUCCAUAAAUUCCCAUUUCCACUGGUUCAUGAUUCUGAGGAUAUUUUUUUCCUCAGAGAAAGGUUUAUAAAAAUAAUGUGUGUCUGAUGUAUUGAAUACACCGAUAGAAAAAAAACAUUUUAUUAAAGGGAAGCAUUGUGGUGUAGCGAUUCUGACUCUCGCCUUGUAAUCAGAGUGUCGUGUGUUUGAAUCCCACUAUGGGCUAGCGUCCUAUUAUCAUUACAUUCUUGAAAUUUACUUCAGAAAAGCCAAAGUGUAUGAGUCUGAUUAUGAUUUUUAGGUUGAGGACAAGGUUUGAUGUUAUCAUCUAUUCAGUAUUUUUGUCCUCAAGUUUAAUUGUGUUCUUCUUUUGGUAAUAUCAGAUAGAGUCAGUUCCAUUUUCUUAGAAAGCAGGGUAAGUAAUUUGUAUCACUUGACAUAUAGGGGGAACUGCGCAUAUGUGACAUAAAAAAAUAAUAUCGCAAUAACCUGAUCAUGAAUAUUUUGGGAAAAGCUUUGAUGAACUCUUAUAGGUAGAAAGGUCAUAGUUCUUUAACCCUAAUUCUCCACCAAUUUUCGCGAUAUAUCUGCUGCGCAAAUUUUUUUUACCUUGCUGCUCACUGACUUUUUACUUUCAAGUCUCUCGCAACUUUUGAGACCAAAUUUGUGACGCCCGGGUACGCGGUUACGACAUUGCGCAACAUUAUGUAAGUGCAUGUCAGACCCCAAAUUGCUCAUAAACAUGAUAUCAUGUACAAAUCCAAUGCAGAAUGUGUAUUAGCCAAAAUUCAUAAAUGUAUCAUUAUUUCUACUUUUACUGAUUAAACUUAAUUAAUUUUGCAUUGUUCAUGAUCAAAAUUAAGUCUGGAACAAUUUCCAUCGAAAAAACAAUUAAAAAACAAAGAAAUACAUAAGAAAUUAAA